AUGGCAGAAGAUUGCUGUACCAAAGAUGGAACAACAGAUUGCCGUGGAAACCCUGCAAUCAAGAAGAAAACAGGAACUUGGAAAGCCUGCCCUUAUAUUUUAGGAAAUGAAUGUUGUGAAAGAUUGGCAUACUAUGGAAUCAACACAAAUCUAGUUAAUUUCCUCAAAUUUCAACUAAACCAGCGCAAUGUUGUGGCAGUCAAUAAUGUCACAAACUGGUCAGGCACAUGCUAUGUCAUGCCAUUGCUUGGAGCUUUUAUGGCUGAUGCCUACUUGGGACGAUAUUGGACAAUUGCUAGUUUCUCUAUAAUCUAUGUCUUUGGAAUGACAUUGUUGACAUUGUCAGCAUCGAUCCAAGGACUAAAACCAUCUUGUGACAAUAAGAAUAUUUGCCAUCCAACAGGGUUGCAAACAUCAGUUUUCUUUCUAGGCCUAUACCUUAUAGCUCUGGGGACUGGAGGGAUUAAGCCUUGUGUCUCUUCCUUUGGUGCGGAUCAAUUCGAUGACUCUGACGAGGAUGAGAAGAAAAAGAAGAGUUCUUUCUUCAACUGGUUCUAUUUUUCAAUUAACAUCGGUGCCCUUAUUGCUGCUACGGUGCUUGUUUGGAUACAAACCAAUGUAGGUUGGGGUUGGGGCUUUGGCAUCCCAGCAGUGGCAAUGGCAAUUGCUGUUGAACCAGAGACCUGGAGGAGUCCGCUAACGCGCAUUUGCCAAGUGCUAGUUGCAUCCUUCAGGAAAUUCGGAGUCAAAGUGCCUAAUGACAAGUCUUUUCUGUUUGAGACAGCAGAACAUGAAUCUGCCGUCAUAGGAAGCCGCAAACUUGAACACACAGAUCAUUUAAGUUUCUUUGACAAGGCAGCCGUGGAGACUCCAUCCGACCGUGUAAAGGGCUCCGCGAAUCAGUGGAGACUGUGCACCGUGACUCAGGUGGAGGAGCUCAAGUCCAUCAUUCGGUUGCUUCCUGUAUGGUCAACUGGCAUAAUAUUCUCUGCUGUAUACAGUCAAAUGGGAACCUUAUUUGUCCUGCAAGGGAACACAAUGGACCUUCACAUGGGCAAAUCUUUCGAAAUCCCUUCUGCUUCACUCUCCCUCUUUGACACAAUGAGUGUCAUCUUCUGGGUACCAAUUUACGACUGUGUCAUCGUUCCAUUUGCAAGAAGAUUCACUGGCCAUAAAAAUGGAUUCACACAGCUUCAAAGAAUUGCAAUUGGCCUUGUAAUCUCCAUCUUUGCCAUGUUGGUUGCUGGAACUUUAGAGCUUGUGAGACUCCGCGAGGUCAGGAAACAUAACUACUAUGAGCUAAAGCACAUACCAAUGUCCAUAUUUUGGCAGGUGCCUCAGUAUUUCAUUAUAGGAUGUGCAGAAGUUUUCACAUUUAUUGGGCAAUUAGAGUUCUUCUAUGACCAGGCGCCUGAUGCCAUGAGGAGCCUGUGCUCAGCUCUCUCACUUACAACUGCUGCACUUGGGAACUACUUGAGUACAUUCCUAGUUAAUAUUGUCACAGAUUUGAGCACUAGCCAUGGUAGGCCUGGUUGGAUACCGGACAAUUUGAAUUAUGGUCAUCUUCAUUAUUUUUUCUGGCUUUUGGCUGUGUUGAGUGUGAUCAACUUGGGGGCCUAUCUUUUGGUUGCCAGAUGGUACACUUAUAAGAAAGCUGUGGCAUCUGCCAAUUGA